AUGUCGUCACGGCUUGCAAUCUGCGUCGGUGUAGCUGGACUAUCGGCAAUGGGCAUCUUCGGCACUUUCAAGUUCGUCAAGGUCUGGAGACGCGUUGAAAGGGCACGGCUGAGGGAGCAAGCGACGCUGAGGAGGCAGGAGGAGGAGCUGGACUUGCUUCGGCGUUCGUUGAGCGAAAGCCAGGCGGAGGUGGAAGAGAAGAAGAUGGCGGCACAGGCACAUGUGGAGGAGAUCGAACGCCUUGGGAGACGCAUGUCGGACACGGAACGUGAGCUUGAGGAUAUGAGGAGGCAAAAUAGGGUGUUGGCGGAGAGGACGAAGCAACUGAGCACGCGAGGGCAGCAGCUCGAAGGCGAACUACAGCACACGAAGCUCGAACGCCAACAGGCCACUGAGUUGCUCGAAGUACGCACAGCUGAGCUCAAAGGCGCUCAGGCAUUUUUGACGAAAGCUGACCAACUCUCCGGGGCCGACGUCAUCAAAUUGGUGGAGGUAUUGAACGCGGAUAUCAUGCAGAUAUCGGCGAGCAUGGCGGAGGAUCUGACGAUCGAGGAAAAGAGGUUUGACAGCAAUGGGAAGGAGCUGGAAUCGGAUGAGACGCGGGAGGCGUUUGCAAGGACGGAGGAGAUUGUCGGAGCGCGUAUGGCUGAGUUGCUGAAGUCCUCUGAACACCAUGAAGACCCUAUCUUGAUUCAGCUAGCAUUCCAAGCUGGGAUGACCGCAUACACCCACUGGAUCAUUUCUUCGUGGUGCUUCGAAAAUCCGGACGACGAACAUAUGCUGAGCGAAAUAUACGCCAGAGUCCGGGAAGCAGAGGAACAAGCCGUAUCAGGACGUUGGCGACAACUGACCAGGACCCAUCUCCAACGAAUGCUCGCCCAUGAACCAGAACAAUUGGCGGUGGAUAUGGUGGAUGUUUUUUCCAACAUCAUCGUCACGGCAGGUCUCAAAGAGAGUCCGGCGACGGUGCACGAACGAAUUAUGACCAGCUUUGGCGAUCGGAUCCGGAUGGCGAUGAAGCAUGCCCAAAAUAUGAACAAGAAAAUCGGUGAAGGCAUAACUUCGUGCGACCUGGAGGUUCUCUACAUCGUUCCUGAGAUCCCCUUCAACCCGAACAUGAUGGAAGACGCCAUUGGAUCGACUUCAAUCACGAACAACCAUGAAUCAGUCGUUUGCACCACCGACCUCGGUCUGGCCCGAACGGAGAAGUUGUCAGGGACGAUUGGGCAAUGGAAUGAAGCGGUUCUGCUGAAGCCGAAGGUCGUUCUUCCAUCAGGUUUGGUUGGUAUCGCUGGAGGUUCAGCAUGA